AUGCUGUCACAUACUCGCAAGUCCUUAAGCUUUCAAUGCCUCCAAGGUCGAUGCAAAAAUGUUUUGAAGGCCAUCUUAGAUUCUAAUUUCAACUGUCCCAGUCAGCAUAAUAGGACCAGUAAGGUGUUUUCCAAUAUCUCUGCCAACAAAUAUGAGGCAAUUUCAAAAGUGGUUUUCGAGACUGAGCACAUAUACCCCAAACCAAGAUCUAUCCUCAUCGUCAAAAUGGCCCUUCCCCUCCAUGAAGUCAGUGUCACAUUCCUGGCAUCGGAAUUAUCUCUUCUUGGAGUAAUGAAGAAGUUGAAUGGUCGUCGCCAAGUCCAACAUGUCGCCCUAGGCGAGUGUGCUCUUUCACAAGAUGAAGACAUCCUCAGUGAGAAGUUCAAGCUAGAGGUUGUGUCCAACACUGAAGCAGACUUGGUCAUCAAGCUCAAAGUCGACGAAGGGGGUGACUAUGAAAGACCAGGACCUAACUCGGACGCCUAUAAACUCCUAGUCGCCACAAAAUUUAACCAUGACUCUAUGACCCUCGUACCUUCGGCCGAAUGUCACCUUCCGCUCAAUGAUUUCACCUAUCUCAUGGAUGUGUCGGCACCCUCCACAUCCGUCAUUGUCACUGGCCAUACGUGGUGCAACAUCAGCACUGUGCAUUUUCAGAUCUGGACACUAUUUCCGUCCAUUGACAUGGACAACACAAAUGACAUGAUGAAGAGAGGCCUAGCCAGGAUGCGUGACCGCCUUGCUACUCUUCUUCAAGCAUCAGAUCCUCAGUUUGACGUCAGUCUCAUCACGCAGCACGAUCCUACAUUUCCUAUCAAACUCAACUGA